AUGUCGCCAACUCCGCCGCCAUCGCCGCCGCCCAAUUUGUUGGUGCCAUUUCACGCCAUCUCGCGACGCAUCGAGACCAUUCAUCAGGAAAUGCUCGAACGCCUCAAAUCGUCGGCGUCGCGAAUGGCGCGAAUCACGCGAUCGGCGUGCUUCGUCCGCUGGUCGCCAAUUCUUCUCAUCGUCCUCACCGCGACAUUCGUGCUCGUCGGCGCCACAAGCUUCUAUUUGUUCGAGAAAGACGGUCACGAGAUGAAGGUCCGCAAAUGGUAUAUGAAUUUGGCGGUCGAACGACGCCAAUUCGCCAAAUCGAUCAGCUCGCGAAUCUUCAACGACACCCGCAAUUUGCUCAUCAUCAUCGAUCGCGAGCAAACCGAACGUGUGCAGCAAUUACUCGUCGAAUCACUAAAACGAUACGAGGACAAACUCGACGUGAUACCGCCGUCGCGACGCACGUGGACGUGGCCGAGCUGCUUCAAUUUCGCCUACUCGCUGGUGUUGACCGUCGGCGCCGGCUUCAAAGAGCCGUCGACGACGGCGUCGCGCGUCUUCGCCGUCUUCUAUUGUCUCAUCGGCGUGCCGUUGUUCUAUUUGACGCUCACCACCGUCGUGUAUCGCCUAAUCGCGCCAGUAUUGAAAUGGCCAUCGCUGACUCGCGCCAAACGAUUUUUGCUCUUCCAGCUCGUCCUCGCCCUCUAUGUGCUUUGGACCAUUCUUAUCGCCUUAUGCCUUUAUUAUCAAGUGAUCAAUGACUUCUGGCUGAGCGUGUUCACCGCGUUCGCCGGCUCGCUGACAAUUCAGAUGCCGAGCGCCGCGGCGAUCACCACGUGCGGCGUUCUCUUCAUCAAUCUGUCGACGACCAUCUCUGUCGCUCUGCUCCUCUUGAUGCUUCUCAUCGCCGCGUCCGUCUUCUUCCCGCAACAAUUGCUUCUCGCCGCCGCCGCUGCUGAAGGAGGCGCCAUUCAAGAGAAGGUCGAACCGCUCGCACCGCCGCCCAAAUUUCAGGUCAUCGUCGAUGAGGCCGGCGAGAGCAAACUGACCACUGCCUAG